AGCCAUGUUUUACAUAUUUCUCGAUUUUGUUUGUUUUCUCGUGAGCUUCGGCCGCUGGUUUUGGUAAUUUUGUUUGAUUGCGAUGUCUGGACGUGGUAAGCAGGGAGGCAAAGCUCGCGCCAAAGCGAAAUCCCGCUCUUCUCGCGCUGGUCUCCAGUUCCCGGUCGGCCGAGUGCACCGCCUGCUCCGCAAAGGCAACUACGCAGAGCGGGUUGGGGCAGGCGCGCCAGUAUACCUGGCGGCGGUGUUGGAGUACCUGACCGCCGAGAUCCUGGAGCUGGCCGGCAACGCGGCCCGCGACAACAAGAAGACCCGUAUCAUCCCGCGCCACUUGCAGCUGGCCAUUCGCAACGACGAGGAGCUCAACAAACUGCUAGGUCGGGUGACAAUUGCUCAGGGCGGCGUCCUUCCUAACAUCCAGGCCGUGCUUCUGCCUAAGAAGACCGAGAGUCACCACAAGGCCAAGGGCAAGUGAUUUGACAGGCAUCUGAGCUCCCGGAAACGCUAUCAAACCCAAAGGCUCUUUUCAGAGCCCCCCUACCGUUUCAAAGGAAGAGCUAACCUCACUGCUUGUACAUAGAAGGAAAAAAGAUAAUAAGAAAAUGUCUUCUGAGGCUGGUCUGGUGUCUCACAUCUGUAAUCCCAGCACUUGGGGAGACUGAGGUUGCAAAAGCUUCUCAUUUCAGAGAGAUGCCAGGAUCCUGAGUGCCUGCCAAACUUACCAAUUCUAAGGAUUAAGUGGAUGGAUGGCAUCAAUCUUCCUACAUUACUGAUUGAUUCUGCAUCCGCAAAUUUUUUUGUUAAAAACAUUCUACAUCGUGUGGGGAGAUAAGGCGGGUAAAAUGAAGAGAAAGAAUAUUGAGGGGAAGUUCUUCAGAAUACAAAAUGUGUUUAAUUUUUUAAAUAAGUAUAACAUUCACAGGGUUCAAACGAUGUGAAGUAAAGAGGUAUAUAUAAAGAAUCCACCCCUCAACUUACCCAGGUGAUCACUUCUUUUUCUUGUGUAUCUGCCCAGUAUUCAUUCCUGCUGAUAUCAGUCAAUAAUGAAUGAUACAUGUUAUCUUCACUUUUUUCAUUCUUGGUCAAGUAGCAGACUGUAUACACUUUUCUGCACUUGCCGUUUUUAUAACAAUCUAUCUUGGAGAACUUUCCCUAUGAGAACAUACAGAGCUUCCUGUACACAGUUGCAUGUACUACAUUAUGCAAAUGCAUUAUAUUUUAUGUAACCUGUCCACUGUUGGUAGCCACUUGAGUUGUUUUAGCCUUUUGCUAUCAAACAGUUCUGGGAUGAUUUACCCUGAUUUACUGCAAAAUUGAAAUUGCUCUGCUAUUCUGCUGGAAUGGUGGUAAGUGAACUGAAAAUUCCAGUCACUCUUGGGCUAGACUCAAGGUUCUUAAAAACUAUGUGGCCAUCACCAAAUUAGUUAUUUUGAACCUUAACUUCUUCACCUCUAAAAUGGAGGUAAUACUUACCUUAGGUGGCUAUGAGAAUGAAGAUCAUGUGUAUGAAUUGUUUGGUGCUCUAAAGAACAGCACAAAUAAAAUUAUUUUAUUUUCAAAUUUAAUUCUAAUUAUACUAUGUGUAAUUUCUUAAUUUUGAAAUAAUUUUAUUUGUAAUUGCAUAAUCUUAUUUAAUGUAUAAUGUAUACAUUGUAAUAGAAACAGAUUUCCCAAAUUCCAGCCUGGCGUGAGGUAAUAAAAGGUAACACAAAGGGA